CGAAGAUUUCCUUAUCACACAAGUCGAUCUGUAAACAACCUGACGUGUAAAUACAGUCGUGGUAUAUUUCAAGUACGUGCAUAAUUAGUCACACACUUCUCGCGUGCAGAAGUUUCGUGUAUACAUAUUAGAAGCAGGAGAAGCGUGCCAAAGUUUUGCUGAAAAUGUGGCGGCCAUUUUUGCUGUUCUUGUUGGUUACUUUUGUAGCAGCGCAGGUUCAUAUCAAGGUUGCAGCUCCAGAGAACUUUGAUGAUGAUGACGACGAGGAAACGGAUUCUGUUCCGGUACAAGUAGUACCACUACAACGCAAUGAUCGUACAAAUCCAUGCUACUUGAAGAGAUGUGGUCGUGGAGAAGAAUGUAUAUUGGAUGAAAACAUUAGAGCUAAAUGUGUUUGCAUCCGGGAAUGUGAAGAUGAAUUGGAUGAAAGAUUCAGGGUAUGCUCUGUCAGAAAUGAAACAUUUGCCAGUGAAUGUCAUCUAGACCGUGCCAAAUGUUUAUGUAAGAAUGGAGACCAUGAGUGUAAGCAUUCAUCACCAAAGAAACUCAGACUGGAUUACUAUGGAGCUUGUAAAGAAAUGACCUCAUGUGAAGACUGGGAGUUGAAACAGUUUCCAGGACGUAUGAGGGAUUGGACAUUUGUUGUCAUGAAAGAAAUGGCCAGGAGGAAUGAAUUAGGAGACUACCUUGAACUUUUGAGGACUGCCAAUGCUGAUGACCACCACACUGAUGCUGUUAUAUGGAAGUUUUGUAAUUUGGAUGUCAGGCCUCAAGACAGACAUGUAUCCAGAAGAGAACUGCUGAUGGUAAUUGCUACAAUUAAACCAUUGGAACAUUGUCUGGUUCCCUUCCUCAACAAAUGUGAUGACAACAGUGACCAUACUAUCACUCUUGAUGAAUGGGGUACCUGUCUAGAAUUGGAUCAAGGUCACCUUGCUGAUAAAUGUGAAGCCAUCCACAACAGAGCAAAGCGAACAUAAUUUCAAUAUUCAUAAUGCUGUUAUUAUUGAAACUUUUUAAUGCAAUAUGUGCCGAUCGCUAUCAAUGUAUGGAACAGGCAGAGCAACCUUAUAUCUAUUGCUCUCUUUCGGAAAAGGCUUUAUCAAAUUAUUGGAACAAUUACAAAACUGUCUCUUUUUCUACAUUUGUAAUAUAGAUGUCUGUCCUUUUGUUAAAUACGCUAUAUUGUUUAUAUGUAUGUAACACUUAUUUAGCAGUGUUGUAAAUAAGUUCUUUUGUAAUUUGUUGGUUUCAUUUUGUUUGUAAUAAUGUAGGCAUUCUGUGUAAUAAGAUAGUUAUAAUGAAAAUAAGCUAUACCUUAGUACCUCUAGUUUUAAAAGUCUUUCAUUAUUAUAGAUUCAGCACAGGGUUCAGGAAAUUUGGUUUGGGGGAGGGCAGUACAAAACAUUGUUGAAAUUUUGUAUUUUUAUAAGAAUAUUGAUAUAACUUGCAGACUAUGGUAUGGUUCUGACCCUUUGAAUGUGUUUUGAAUCUCUGUGCCAAUUUAUAAACUAAUUAAAAAUACUCUUUACAGCUUAUGUUUAAAAUUUCAAUAAAAUUUGUUUUCAA